UUUCCCUGUAUUUAUUGACUCUCCUGAGGAGAUUGCACCGCGAUUAACUAAGAGAAGCUGUAUGGUUAUUAAUGAUGAUCUUAGUUACUCGCUUACCGUAGAAGCAGCAGCACGAUGAGAAGUGCGUUCUCUGGCAAGAUUGUCCAGCUGGUGGCAGCUUUGCUGGUUCUACUAGUCAACUUUGUGACUUCUCAAGAUCCGGAUAUAGUAAAAACCUGCACUUCCUACAAGAAAAGCGUUUGGGAGGAGACGUCAGAGUUUAGCUUCUUGAUUGAGAAUGCUCCGAUUAUCUACAAGACCUUGGACAAAUGCACCAGCUAUGCACCCCUCAUAAUCGGAGGAGGACCCGCCUUGCCCAAGGAGUUCCCGCACGCAGCCCGCCUGGGACAUCGCGAAGAUGACGGCGAGAUUGAGUGGUUUUGUGGGGGAACACUUAUCAGCAACCUGCAUGUGCUCACCGCAGCGCAUUGCCUCUACUCGCCGCAAGGUUCAGUGAACAUAGUUCGCCUUGGGGAUCUGGAAUUCGACACCAGCACUGACGAUGCCGAUCCGGAGGACUUUACAGUAAAGGACUUCACCAUACAUCCCGGCUAUAACCAUCCUGCGAUUUACAACGACAUAGCUGUGGUGCGAUUGAGCAAGACCGUAACCUUCAACGAGUACAAACAUCCUGCCUGCCUUCCCUUCACCGACGGAAGAUCGGUCUCCUCCUUCAUCGCCAUCGGUUGGGGUCAAUUGGAGAUCGUUCCAAGGACCGAAAACAAGAAGCUCCAGAAGGUGAAACUCUACAAUUACAACACGCGGUGCAGAAUCACGGCGGACAAGAAUGAUGAGUUGCCAGAAGGAUACAAUGCCACCACUCAACUCUGCAUCGGAUCCAACGAACACAAGGACACCUGCAACGGCGACUCCGGCGGACCGGUGCUCAUCUAUCACAAGGAUUACCCAUGCAUGUAUCAUGUGAUGGGCAUUACAUCCGUGGGAGUGGCCUGCGACACACCCGAUCUUCCCGCCAUGUACACAAGAGUCCACUUUUACCUCGACUGGAUUAAGCAGCAGCUCGCCAAGAACUAAUAAAUCAUAUUCUGAAAAGAUUUUUAAUUUUCAUAACAUUUAUCAUAAGUAAAUAGUUUUCAUUGAAAACUUUUCAAAAAAGUAAGUGAACUAUAAUUCUAUAGAAAGAGCCUUAUAAUAAAUCGCGCUAUCUGAUAAAACAUAAA